AUGGUGUACAUCUCGUCCUGGCACCAGUUCCAAGAAGCCGCUGAAGAGCUCUACACCAAAUCUCCUGAAAAAGCGCGCUACUGUGUAAAAUGGAGGGCGUUGGAGGGCAGGCUUGUCCUCAAGAUCACCGAUGACACAUCGUGCAUCAAGUUCAAAACGCAAUCCUCCAUCUUCCUCAACCGUUUCGAGGCCCUCAAUCUGUCUCUCAUGACCAAGAUGCAGAACGUCCGACAUCAACCCGCGCCGACGACGUCGGCACCGGGUGCAGCGGAGACGGAGAGGGAAGGGACGCCGGUCCUGGCCGCAGCAGCAGCGUCCAGCGCAGCCCCAGGUGCGGGUGGUGCACCGGCGGGAGGCGGCACCAAGAAGAAGAAACCCGCGAAGAAGAAGAAGUAA